CUGUUCUGGCACUCACUCACUCUCCUUCCUACCACCGAUCCUCGCCAGUUUUGGUCUUCACUUUCUCUCCAACAGCAUCACAGCCACUGCAACUUUCACGACGUAAACAUCACCACCAGACCCUCUCGUACCACCACUACCACCACCACUCCCUCCCUCGCUGCUAAAUUUGAAAAAUAAAAUCAGUGGUGGGAAACCAUCCUAGACGUUCCGGGGAAAUUUUGAAGUAGAAAUUUAACCACUGUGAUCUUUUAGAAUUUAGAGAAAGUCGGUUCUUUUCGGUAUGUAGAUUGUUUUUUAUGUACGAAAAAAGUGAGAGUGUGGGUGGUAAUAUUUUUUUUUGAAGGAUAUUUAUAAGUUUGAUUUGUUUCGGAAAUGUUUAAUAAGAUCAGGUUUAAAAAAUGUGACUUAAUUAAGAAGAGGAGAGACAUGCAGUGAAAAAGAUGACGAGUGUGUCGAGGUUGAUUUUUUUGUGUGAGUGAGUAAAAUUACCACAACAUAGUUUCUCCUCACACGCACACACAUGUGGUGGAAUUCGGUCUCAUCAUUACUGCUCCAGCUCGAGUUUUAUUGUUCUAGCUGAGUUUGCAUUUUCAUUUAUUUAUUCAUUCUUUGUUCUCUCUCUUCUCUCCUUGCGAAAAGUGAGGGGAUUCAGCUUCAUCAUAGCUAAUCACAUUUUGACCGAGAGGCGAGACAUGAGUGAUCCGUACUACCCGAGGACGCCUGGUGAUUUCGAGCGUGCCGGUGGCAGCAGUGGUGGGAGUGGGGACCCCGGCGGGCGCGGGGGCAGUGGCGGGGGUGGUCAAAGCAAUUACGCUAAAGUUUAUCGCCACGAUGAACACUCCUUCUCCACCGUCCCGCUCGGAGAAGUAAUUACGGAACAGCCUAAUUCAGUUAUGCAAUCAUUCGGCUCACAAAUUUCUACCGGAGUACAAAAUGCUUUCGGCCGACCCCCACCACUUCCUCCGAUGAUGAGCCCGCAGCUCAAUGCUGGCAUCCCACUCCCCGGAUUCGACUUGUUGGAUAGGAUUCCAGCAUUUAAGAUACAUAAUACCGACGGCUACUCGACGUGCAAACCCGGCUACAAGAUAUACAAUGGUACUGGUGACCUGGUAUUCAAAGGGAUUGCAGACACGCUCUUCUGCCCCUUUGACUCCAAACAGAAAUCCGUCUACGUCAAGGAUGCCAAUGAAGACUGCAUAUUCCACGUUAAGUUCACUCCUUCCAUUUGCGAGUGUGAUUCAGAGGAGAAACGAUGUUUCGCCGUAUUCUCGCCAGUGUUCGAAAACCCGUUUGGGGCCAUCCUCUUCGAAGCUGGACAACUUAAAUAUUCGCUCAAAAUACUGAAUGCACUCGAAGCUGAGACUUUUGCUGUCCAAUUUAUUGGGAGUUCCGAUAUCACGAUAAAAGGGGCAGAUGGGAGUGUAGUCGCCAUAAUAAAUAUUCACAGAGAACGCUGUCGCCGACCGAAAUUCACCCUGACUUUAAUGGAAGAAGUUAGCACGGCGAAUAAGGCUUUAUUUAUAGGCUGUGUUAUUACCCUCGACUUGGUAAUGUGUGAGGCAGUUUGCACAAGAUGCAUCUGUUUUGCCCCGAUAUUCCUCGCCUGUCUCGCAAUACUGGGUUUAACGGUGGGUUCAUAUAGUAGCGGAGGCCCGAAAGGGGCCGGACUUUGAUGAUGAUUUAAAAAAUCAGGCCAAACCAAAUGCCACCAUUCCUCCCUCGGUGGUGGUGGUAUCUUCAUAAUCAUCAUCUCGACAUUCCAGACUAAAUAUCACUCUCGGUUGUGUAUGUAUCACAAUAAAAAAGAAAAUGCAAAAUUCCGCAACAUUUCCGAGAUCAAAAACCAAACCACAAUCAAUAAAUGUCACGUCAACCCAGCCAGCCAAGCCCGACGUGAAGGAGUGAGUGAGUAAAUGGGAUGGAGACAUGUCGAAGUGAAGUACCCUUUGACUUUUAACCUUCCUCGCAGUCAGCGAAACUUUAACUUGUUUAAGUCGAACGAGUCCAAGGGAAGAAGAAGAAGACGAAGGGAAAAUAGGGACGUGACUCGGGUGCUAACUUUCUCCUACGACUACACUUUCUCCUACUAACCAACCUCUUAAUAAUUGAGUGAACAAGUGUGUGACUCUGACUUUGCUAAGUGAUUAAGCAAAUAUUACACUAUUCUCGGAAUCAAAUAGGAACAAGGAGAGAAAGCGAUAUGUUUAAGGAUACGAGUAAUAAGUGAUGAACAUUUUGAUAACGUGUACUUUCACACACAGAACAAUAUUAUGUAUACCGAUUAAUAAUUAAUAAUCAAUUUAGGAAUCGAAUAUGCAUGCAGGAAACCGUGGCCUAGCACGUAACGUGUGUUUUGGUCGGAAUCGGGGGAAGAAUUUAUGUACGUACGGACACGUAUUUCGUAACUAACUAACCUUUAAUAUGAGAUUUGACGAAACGAAAAAAAACCAAUGCAAAAAAUAGAGUAAGUCAAACUUUCACAAAAUUGUGACGAAAACGGAUUUAUUUAUACUUGGAGACGGGAGAAAGUUUUCGAUUUUUCACAAGAAAUUAACAUUAGACCACCAAAGGUGCUGGAAACUUUGGACUGGAUGGUGAAAGUUUAUUAUGUAUUCUAUUUCCCUUCCACACUUUCUCCACAAAGAAUUAAGAGUUUGACGACUAAGAGUCUCAAGAAGGCUUGAAAAUGUAUUUGCGACGAUAUUAAGUCGUACUUUCUCUUUCUGAGAUCGAAAUCUGUUAACAUGCUCACUUCGUAACAGUAUUUAUUACUAUUGAAUCAUUACUUUGUUAUUAAUUCUAUUCAAUCUGGUACGUACGUAUACUUAUCCUGUAACCUAGAAUAAUUAAAUAUUGGCGGCACAACCACCAAUACCACAUGACGUGACUAACAAUACUCUUGUAACAUUUGUAAUACUCGUAUAACAACGAUAAUAAUAAUAAGAAUAAUAAUAGAGAGAAAGUCUAGUCGAAAAAUUAUGUCGUCAGUAUUUAAAAUAAUUUGUAACCGGAGAAGGAAAACUAUCAAGUACAAGUAUUCUUAAAGUAUUAUAAACACAUAAUCCUAAUAAUUUAUGGAAUCAAUUAACUCCUUUAAAAUCCGAGAAGGGAAACAAGAAGGUAUUCAAACUUGGGAUGAAAAUCGUACUUAAUUCAAAGUUUUAAAAACUUUUACUUCUUGACUUUCACCCACCACCCAAGUUUUUAAUUGGGUGGUGGUGAUCCCGACGAAAGAAGAAAGAGAGACGAUGACACGCCAGCCAGCCACCCACGCGCUCCUCCGAAGAUAGAUUUUCAUCAAUCUUUCACAAACAAAAGAUUGAAAUGAAUGAUGAGAUCGAUGAAUGAAUAAUAAAAUCUUGCUUGUUUUAUGAAGGCUCUGUGGGUGGGUGGUUGGUUGGUUGUGUAAUAAUAAUCAUAAUGAAAGUAUUGACUUUUCAACUUGAAAAAUCACAGUGCGACCUAAUUAAGACGAGUAACGAAGCAAGAAAUUGAAUCCGGUUGUGGUUGUGGAAAAGGAGGUUCGGAUUUUCUUAUACUUUCCCUUUGUUAAAAAAGUUGGUUAAUAAAUUUAACAAGUAUUUAUCAACAAAUUA